CUGGAUUCCGUGUAUUCCCUCUCAUCCCUUUGUAUUCUAGCGGCCAAUGUCUUGGUGAGCGAACAAGGUGAUGUGAAGGUGGCUGAUUUUGGUGUGGCUGGGCAGCUGACGGAAACAGUCAAGAAACGUAUUACGUUUGUUGGUUCACCGUUUUGGAUGGCUCCCGAGCUCAUAAAACAAGCCAGUUAUGACUACAAGGCUGACAUCUGGUCACUUGGAAUAACAGCCAUUGAAUUGGCUCAGGGUGAACCACCACAUUCCGAUUUGCAUCCGAUGCGGGUACUGUUUUUGAUACCAAAAAAUCCUCCACCACAACUGACCGGACCUCAGUGGUCACGAACUUUCAAGGAUUUUGUAGAAUUAUGUUUGAACAAGGAUCCGGAUAAUAGGCCAUCUGCAAGUGCUCUUCUGAAGCAUCCGUUUAUCAAGAAAGCGAAGAAAAAUGGAAUAUUGGUGGAGUUGAUUGAGAGAGCUAGGGAGUACCGGUCUCGAACUGGGGUCUCUUCCGACAGUGAUCUUGACGAGGACUCGGAUGGUGGAGGAGGGACAAACUCAUGGGAUUACCCAACCGUGCGUGGUAACGCAAAUGAGCGAAAUGAUGUUGGAUCUAGAGACGAGACUGUGAGACAACGUGAGCGGCAAACUCGUCCUGCUCUUUCUGAACGAACACAUGUAUCUGUGAAUGGUGAUGAUGAUAUCAGUCCUGGCGGAACCAUAGUC